AUGACAAUUCGUAAAACAAAUCCUUAUUUAUCAUUAGCUAAUAGUUAUUUAAUAGAUAGCCCACAACCAUCAUCAAUAAAUUAUUGAUGAAACUUAGGAAGUUUACUAGGUUUAUGUUUAGUAAUACAAAUAUUAUCAGGAAUAUUUUUAGCAAUGCAUUAUUCAUCACAUAUAGAAUUAGCAUUCUCAAGUGUAGAGCAUAUAAUGCGUGAUGUUAAUGCUGGAUGAUUAAUACGUUACAUACAUGCUAAUGGUGCAUCAUUCUUUUUUAUAUGUAUGUACUUACAUAUUGGUAAAGCAUUAUAUUAUGGUAGUUAUAAAACACCAAGAACUUUAGCUUGAACAAUAGGAGUUAUAAUAUUAGUUUUAACAAUGGCAACAGCUUUCAUGGGUUACUGUUUAGUUUAUGGACAAAUGAGUCAUUGAGGUGCAACAGUUAUAACUAAUUUAUUAUCAGCAAUACCUUUUUUAGGAAAUGAUAUAGUUCCAUUUAUAUGAGGAGGAUUCUCAGUAAGUAAUCCAACAAUACAAAGAUUCUUUGCAUUACAUUACUUAUUACCAUUUAUAUUAGCUGCAUUAGUAGUUAUGCAUUUUAUGGCAUUACAUGUACAUGGUUCAGGUAAUCCAGUUGGAAUAUCAGGAAAUAUGGAUAGAAUACCUAUGCAUAGUUAUUUCAUAUUUAAAGAUUUAAUAACUGUAUUUGUAUUUAUGUUUAUAUUUAGUUUAUUUAUAUACUUCUCACCUAAUACAUUAGGACAUGCAGAUAAUUAUAUACCAGGUAAUGCAAUGGUUACUCCAGCAUCGAUAAAACAAAAAAUAUUAACUGAUAAAAAUUCUUCAAAAGAAGAAAUUCUUAAAGAAUUACAAUCAAAUAAUUCAAUUAAAAUAGAUAAUUUUAAUAAAGAUUUUAGAUUAAUUAUGAAUGGUUUAUUUCAAGCAGAAGGACAUAUAGGAGGUGAAUUAUUUAAACCUAAUACUAUAGAUUUUAAACCUAUAGUAUAUAUAUCUUUAUAUGCAAGUGAUAAAACUAUAAAAUUAUUUAAACAUUUAAAUAAUGAAUUUAAUAAUAAAUUAAAUUAUAAAAUUUAUUUAAAUAAAUCAGGUAUAUAUUAUAUAAGAAUAUAUACAAUAAAAUGAGAUAUUAUUAUAAAUAAAUGAAUACCUUAUUUUAAUAAUUGUUAUGGAGAUAAACAACGAGAUUUAAAAAUAUUAAUAAAAUUAUAUUAUUUAUCUUGUGAUCAUCGAUUAGGAAUAAAUUCUAAUAAUAAUAAUUUUAAAAUAAAAUUUAUAUAUUUAGUUUAUAAUAUGGUAGAUAAUUCACAAAAAUUUUUAUCAUUAAAUGAAAAAAUUAAUUUAGUAAUAGAAAAUGCUGUUAUAGAUUUAAAUUAUUUAAAAACUUAUUUUAAUAAUAUUAUUAAAUUAAAUAUACCUAAAAUGAGUAUACCAUUUAUAUUAGGUUUAUAUUUAGGUGAUGGUUCAUUUGAUAUAUUUAUUAGACAUAAAGAUAAAUCAGUAUGAUAUAAUCCUUGUUUAAUAAUAAAUCAAAAAUAUACAAAAGAUAAUGAUAAUUUAUUAAAAUUAAUAUCUUUAUUUUUAAAUGAUUUAAAUAUUCUUAGUAAUAUAUCUUAUCGGCCGAGCGAUAGCUCAGCAGUAUCCCCUACCUGUCGGUCGGGGAAUCCAAAAAAUAAUACUAUGAUAUUAUUAAAGAUUGAAUCAAUAAAAAAUAUGAAAUUAUUAGAAUCAGAGUUUAAAUUAUAUAAUCAAUAUUUUUUUAAUAAAUCUGAACAAAUAUAUUUAUUAGAAAAAGCAUGUCUUUUAUUAAAUAAAGUUAAAUUUUGAAGAGAAAGUAAUCUUAUACUAUUAUCUUUAAUACAUAAUAAUAAAAAUAUUAAAAAUUAUAAUUUUUAUAUAAAAAUGGUAAACGAUUAUUUUGAUAAAGUUCAAAAUGAUAAUUAUUUUAUUAGUUUAAAUGACAAUAAAAGUUGAAAUGUUAAAUUACCAAUAAAAAUUAAACCAAAUAAAAAAUAUUUUACAUUUAUGAAUAGUAAAUCUGAAAUCAUUAUGGAUAAAUUAGAAGCUUUAAAUUUAGCUAAAAAUUAUAGAAAUGAAAAAUUAAAAAACUGAUUAAUUGAAAACAAGUUAAUAUAA